AUGCCGGCCCCGACGGUGUCUCAGCCAGCACCUGCCUUUGAGGCAGAAGCUGUCAUGGCGGACGGUACCUUUGGAAAAAUCUCGCUCGAUCAGUUCAAGGGAAAGAAGUACGUCAUUCUCUUCUUCUACCCGUUCGAUUUCACCUUUGUGUGCCCGUCAGAAAUCCUGGCGUUCCACCGUCUGCAGGGUGAGUUCGAGAAGAGAGGAUGCCAGCUCCUCGGCGUCUCUGUUGACAGCAAGUUCGUGCACAACGCGUGGAGAAACCUCGAAUUGAAGGAAGGUGGCAUCGGUAAGAUUUCCUUCCCGUUGCUCGCCGACGUGUCGCACAAAAUGGCAGCGGACUACGGCGUCCUGCUGCCAGAGGGCAUGGCCCUGCGCGGCCUGUUCCUGAUCGACAAAGAUGGCGUGCUGCAGCACUCCGUGGUCAAUAAUCUCCCUCUCGGUCGAAGUGCCGACGAAGCCUUGCGCAUGCUUGACGCUCUUCAGCACGUCGAGCAGUACGGAGAAGUCUGCCCGGCCAACUGGAGAAAGGGAGAGAAAGCCAUGAAGGCCACUGCGGACGGAGUCAAGGAGUACCUUGGAAGCAGCUUCACAUCCAACUAG